ACUGUAGAGAGAGCUCUACAGCUCCUCGGCAACCUCCCCUCCCUCGGCCCUGGCCCAUCUCGCUGCCGAGCGCCCCAACCCCGUCGCUCGUCUUCCUCCUCGAGCGAGCACCGCCACCCCUCCCUCCCCGUCGCGAUGCCAAGCGCCCCAGCCCCGUAGCUCGUCUCCCGCCUCGAGCUAGCGCCGCCACCCCUCCCUCCCCAUCCCACUGCCGAGCGCCCCAGCGCCCCCGCUCCGUCUCUCGUCUUCCUCCUCGCUUAAGCGCCCGCCACCAGGUUGAUCUCUCGGAUUCUCUCGUUCCCGGCCGUUUCUCCUCCCAUCACCUCACGAAGGAAUUACGCCCUUUAGCCCCCCGUUUCAUCUCCUUAAUCACCCCCAAUUCGUAACCGAGGCAAAAAUCAAGGACCGCCCUACCUUGCCCUACCGGGUCCUCCGCCCGUGGAUCCUGUACGCAUCACCGCCGAAGUAGCUUUGCUUCCUCCAGUCUCUCGCUCAUACUCGCCUCCCUCUUCACUACGCGCCCAGGCGAGAGGCUCAAGUUGGAUUUAAAGUUCCCUUCUGCUCCUUCCCACCCUGCCAUCCACCUGCACAUCUCCGCUGUGCCACGCCCCUCCCUUAGUGGCAUCAAUGGUAGUGGGGUGGUGAUCAAGCAGUGCUGGAGACAGCAUUAUCGAGUGUCCAUUGUGACUACGGCAUCGAUUAUAACUGCGUUCCUGGUACUUCUUUCCCCCAUCGACUGGAUGGGGCAAGUGGAAAAUGAUUCAGCUGAUAACUUGGUUGCUCCAUCUGAUGCUAGUAAAGAGCUGGAAGAUCUACGAGUGAAGGAAAGAUGCAUUGAGCAGAGAGAAGCUCUUCCUGGGGAGCCUCGCUGCGUGAUAUGUGGUCGAUACGGUGAAUAUAUAUGUGAUCAGACUGAUGACGACAUCUGCAGUGUGGAAUGCAAAACUUCUCUUCUUGCUAGGAUCGCUGCUAAAACAAAGCCGCCAGUAAAAGCACCAGUACGGGUAGAUGUUCCUUUUGGUGAUGAGAGCUUCUGUGUCAGGGACAACAAUUUUCCUGAUAUACCGAGUUUGCGCGCCAGCCAGAUCGCUUCCCUGAGAACUAAACUUGACAUCUGUGUAAAGGGUGAGGCUAUUCCUGAUCCAGUAAUGUGUUUCUCUUCCUGUGGUCUUCCUGAAAAGCUUGUGCACAAUCUUGAGACAGCAGGAUAUACUAUGCCUACUCCAGUGCAGAUGCAAGUCAUCUCUGCAUCUUUAAGUGAUAGAAGCUUACUUGUCUCUGCAGAUACUGGUUCAGGGAAAACAGUUUCUUUUCUAGUUCCUAUAAUUGCACAUUGUUCACGGGGACGGUCAGAACAAUGUACGAGCAAGCGAGGGCCACUGGCUAUAGUCCUUGCUCCAACUAGAGAGCUAUGCCUGCAGGUGGAAGAGCAAGCAAAAGUGCUAGGAAAGGGUUUACCUUUUAAAACUGCUUUAGUCGUUGGUGGGGAUCCCUUGGCUCAGCAGAUAUAUAGAAUUGAAAAUGGUAUCGAGUUAAUUGUUGGUACCCCUGGGAGACUAAUUGAUCUCCUCAUGAAACACAAUGUUGACCUUGAUGAUGUUUCAGUAUUUGUUUUGGAUGAAGUGGACUGCUUGCUAGAGAGGGGAUUCAGAGAUCAGGCCAUGCAGAUCUUUCGGGCACUCUCACGUCCGCAGGUUAUGAUGUUUUCAGCAACAAUACAUUCUGAAGUCGAGAAGCUGUCAAACUCAAUGGCUAACAAUAUGAUACAUAUUUCUUGUGGGAACCCAAACAGACCAAACAAAUCAGUUAAACAAGUGGUCAUUUGGGUGGAGACUAAGCAGAAGAAGCAGAAGAUACUUGAGAUAAUGAAGAGCAAGCAGCACUUCAAACCUCCUGCUGUCAUAUUUGUGAGUUCCAGAGUUGGUGCUGAUCUCUUGUCUGAAGCACUUACUGCUGCUAUUGGGUUGGAGGUUAUUUCUAUUCAUGGUGAGAAGACAAUGAAAGAGAGAAGAGAAAGAUUGAGAAGGUUUCUCACAGGAGAAGUAUCUGUUGUUGUUUGUACAGGGGUCUUGGGACGUGGAAUGGAUCUCCUGAAAGUAUGCCAAGUGAUAUUGUUUGACAUGCCAAAUUCAAUUGAUGAAUAUGUUCACCAAGUUGGAAGAGCAUCUAGAAUGGGUGAGGAGGGCAAGGCUAUUGUCUUUGUGAAUGAAGAGGAUAGAAAACUUUUCAGAGAGCUUGCUCAGGUUCUGAAGACAGCAGGGGCUCCCAUUCCCCGGGAACUCGCAAGUUCAAAUUACACAAGUGGCAUCUCUCUUGGCAUUGAUAGGAAGAGAAAAUUGAGUUCCAGGGCCCGCUCUUGACCAUGAUGCAUAAAUGAGAGGCAGUUAAUCUUAUUUAAAUGAGACAAUUUUAUGAUUAUAUGGCUUUGUUGUUCAAUAUUCAAGGUUAAAUCUGUAGGAGACAGUGCAUCUGUUCAUCCUUCCUGGGAUAGCUCGGAAGUCAGAAUUCUGAACUUCUCAAAUUUCAGGCACUUUCUAGGCCAGCUUAACCAAACAGUUUAAGAUGAUUCCUCUGGGCAAGUGCCUGGAAUAAAUUCAUGUGGGAAUGUAAGGAAGCUACCAUAUGUGUAAAUGCAAUCGACUAAAAAUGGUAUGAUUUACGAUUUUACAUUUCUCUCGA